GAGGAAAUCAAAGAGAACUUGCCCGCCAGAAAAAUAUGAAAAAAACCCAGGAAAUUAGCAAAGGAAAAAGAAAAGAGGAUAGCUUGACUACCUCUCAGAGAAAACAGAGGGACUCUGAGAUCAUGCAACAAAAGCAGAAGAUAGCCAAUGAGAAGAAAUCUAUGCAGACAAGAGAAAAAUGAUGACUUGUCUUUUGGAAAACCUGGGUGCUAUUGCCAGUGGGGUGCAUCAUAAGCUCUAAGAUCAAAAUUUCUCAGAGUGACUAAUGGUCACAUGUGUUAUAACUUAUCCUUAUAAACUGUCUAUUUUAAACUUUACUUUUCAGCCUUACUUUAUAUGACGUUUUAAGACCAUUCUUCAAAGAAUAAAGUACUGAGCAUGCAUGUAA